AUGGCUCUAAUGGGGGGAUGCCAGACCCAAGUGGCUAAGGCCCGGCUGCAGAGCCAAGUUGGCAUUUCCAGAUUGGGGCUUGGGCCGCACCCUCUCCAAGACCCUCCCCUUGUACCGAGCAGAUUGUCGGGGGCAGUUUGGGCCAGCUGUCCUGGCGUGGAAUUUCCCAAAUUCAACAAAUCCUCCAAGAAAUCAAUCCAUCCAUCCAUUCAUCCAUCCGUGGCAGAUUAUGAAGCAUGGAUCAUUACUUUUGGGAUGUGGAUAUAUUCAGUUAACAAGGAGCAGCUUGCAAGAGCUGGAUUUUAUGCUUUAGGUGAAGGUGAUAAAGUAAAGUGCUUUCACUGUGGAGGGGGGCUAACUGAUUGGAAGCCCAGUGAAGACCCUUGGGAACAACAUGAUAAAUGGCAUCCAGGGUGUAAAUAUCUGUUAGAACAGAAGACACGAAAAUAUAUAAACAAUAUUCAUUUAUCCCAUUCACUUGAGGAGUGUCCGGUAAGAACUGCUGAAAAAACACCAUCACUAACUAGAAAAAUUGAUACCAUCUUCCAUAAUCCUAUGGUACAAGAAGCUAUAUGAAUGGGAUUCAGUUUCAAGGACAUUAAGAAAAUAAUGGAGGAAAAAAUUCAGACAUCUGGGAGCAACUAUAAAUCACUUGAGGUUCUGAUUGCAGAUCCAGUGAAGGCUCAGAAAGACAGUACACAAGACAAAUCAAGUCAGACUUCAUUGCAGAAAGAGAUUAGUACUGAAGAGCAGCUAAGACACCUGCAAGAGGAGAAGCUUUGCAAAAUCUAUAUGGAUAGAAAUAUUGCUGUCGUUUUUACUCCUUGUGGACACCCAGUCACUCGUAAACAAUGUGCUGAAGCGGUUGACAAAUGUCUCAAGUGGUACGCAGUCAUUACUUUCAAGCAAAAUUUUUGUGUCUUAAUCUAA